AUGCCUUCGGUUUUCACUCGAGCCAUCGGUAUGCAUUCGACACUAAAAUGUAGAAUUGAUUUGUAGGCAGUGGAUGAACAAGGUUUCGUUGAUUGACACUGGUGUUAACGCAACACUGUGGUCCUCUGACCCGUCCAGAGUUCAUGGGAUUGAUGACAACAGGGGGGGAUGAGUUGCAUUCCUUCAUCUCUUUCAGAAGAGGAUUACAAGUCCGCUUUUUCUUGUUUUCUAUGUCUGCACAUUCUUAAAAGGACAAAGUUAACUUUAGCUCUGAUAUGGCUGACGAGUGGAGACCCUUCUGUGAAGACAUGGGAGUUUAAGAGGCAGCUCUUUAAUCAUCUAGGACCAUGAUGCAUCUCCCUCAUAGCCACAGAAGUAAGGAUACUGCAGUACCCCCUGAUAAAUCUAAAUAAAAUAAUAAUACAAAUAUAUUUUCCACAAAAUUAGUGAACUAGGCCUUUAUUACUGUAUGAGCAGAGAACUAACCCCAAACACCCCCCACCCACCAAAACAUCCCCCCCCCCCCCCCCCCCCCCACCAAAACUCCCCCCCCCCAAAACACCUCCCCCCCCCCCAACCAAAACCACUUCCUCCCCCCACCAACCCCCCCCCCCCCCACUCUCCUGCCCCCCCAACCAAAACAUCUUCCUCCCCCCCCAACCAAAAACAUCUUCCUGCCCCCCAACCAAAAACUAUCUUCCUGCCCCCCCAACCAAAAACAUCUUCCUGCCCCCCAACCAAAAACAUCUUCCUGCCCCCCCAACCAAAAACAUCUUCCUGCCCCCCCACCCAAAAACAUCUUCCUGCCCCCCAACCAAAAACAUAUUGUGCCCCCCCCCAACAAAAACAUCUUCCUGCCCCCCAACCAAAAACAUCUUCCUGCCCCCCAACCAAAAACUAUCUUCCUGCCCCCCCAACCAAAAACAUAUCGUGCCCCCCCCCCCCCCAAAAAACAUCUUCCUGCCCCCCAACCAAAAACUAUCUUCCUGCCCCCCCAACCAAAACAUCUUCCUGCCCUCCCCCACCAAAAAAACAUCUUCCUGCCCCCCAACCAAAACCAUAUUUGUGCCUCCCCCCACCAAAAACAUCUUCCUGCCCCCCACCAAAAUCUUCCUGCCCCCCAACAAAAAUUCUCCUGCCCCCCCAACCAACAAUCUUCCUGCAGCCAUGACACUCCUCCCUUUUUUUCCUUUAGAUCCCCUCUAUCUAUCUCAGGGUCUGGUGACACGUCCCGUGGCCUUCAGGUCCCUCUCUGGGUCAGCCUCACGUGCGUCAGGUCCAGGCGUCCAGGCGUGGCUCCAGGGUCCGGGCUCCAGACUGUGGCUCCAGGGUCCAGGGUCCAGAGUCCAGGCUCCAGGGCCGGGGCUCCAGACUGUGGCUCCAGGGUCCAGACUCCAGGGUCCGGGCUCCAGACAGUGGCUCCAGGGUCCGGGCUCCAGACAGUGGCUCCAGGGUCCAGACGUGGCUCCAGGCUCCAGGGUCCGGGCUCCAGGCCGGGGCUCCAGGGUCCAGGCUCCAGGGCCGGGGCUCCAGACUGUGGCUCCAGGGUCCAGACUCCAGGGUCCGGGCUCCAGACAGUGGCUCCAGGGUCCGGGCUCCAGACAGUGGCUCCAGGGUCCGGGCUCCAGACAGUGGCUCCAGGGUCCAGACUGUGGCUCCAGGGCCGGGGCUCCAGACAGUGGCUCCAGGGCUUCUCCUCUACUGA